AAGAUUUAUCCAACAUAAAACUUGUCCACACUUUUUAAUGUAAAAUUUGUCCAUCAUCAUCAGCAAAUGGAAUUCGCUCAGAUGUCCAGUUGUUAUCAUGUGACUUAGUAUGAAACUUUGGUCAUGUGAUAACAGGUGGUUGUAUAUGGGGGCAGAUGGUGACCACUGUCUCUGUUUAAUGAUCGUCAAAUUUGAAGUGUCCUUGACCUCCAAUUGUCCACUGACCACGUAUCAUGUGGUCGAAAUUAUGUUAUGUGUUAACAACUGAGCCAUCUCCACGACAACUAAAAGUGGGACAAUCUCCAUAGAUUUCCACUUAGAUCCUUCACACAGACUUGUUGUCAUUCUUCUAUUUCCAAGGGCAGUGAUGAACCUUCAAGCUCUACUUUGUCUUGAAAGGCUGUUCAGUGACUCCCACACUCUGCUGCAUAACUGCACUACACAAAGGUCAGGAGGUCAAUUCUGGGGCGAAGUCUACAAAGCUCUUUCACAUCUUGUCAACCCUCAACAUGAUCAGUCUGACUGAGGAGCUGAUUGGUCCAUGGAGGACCAGAACCAAAAGAACUGCUCUGGAACCAGCGGAACUGAUACAGUGUGUGACGACUGUCAGCCGGGCUAUUUUUCACAGGAUGGUGUGAACUGCACAGCUUGGACAAUUUGCGCAGAAACUCAAGUGAUGGUCAAAGAAGGAACCCAGACAAAUGAUGUCGUCUGCGGAAGUGCAUCAAGAAAUCGUUACUUUUUAUUUCUGCCUUUGUCAUUGUUUUCCUCACUAACACUUGUGCUUAUGAGCAGAGUACAGGACGUGCAAGGCAAAGAUUGCUUUCAUAAAGACUUUGACAGUCCAGUCAUAUUGGUGCUCUGUGUGGCCUCGUAUGUGGACAAAAUACAGAAUAUUUGCUCUUUUGAGUGUCAGCAUGACAACUGAAGAUCUUACUUUUCUGCACUAAAAUUAUUUAAUAUUACUGACUAAUAAAUACUUUAACUUCA